AUGAAUUGGACGACGAAUUUUGAAUUAGAUGAUUAUAAUAAAUCAAACGAAACCUUAAUUGAUAAUUAUGUAUCGUAUGAAGUCAGACCUGAAACGUAUAUCGUACCAAUUUUAUUUUUUAUUAUAUUUGUGAUAGGAACGUUGGGUAAUGGAACUCUCAUACGAAUUUUUGUUAAUCAUAAAAAUAUGAGAACGGUGCCUAAUACUUACAUAUUUAGUUUAGCUUUGGGUGAUUUAUUGGUUAUUCUCACAAGUGUUCCUUUUACUUCGACGGUUUUCACCGUUGAAUCAUGGCCGUUCGGUUUGUUAAUCUGUAAGAUUUCCGAGAGUGCAAAAGACGUGAGCGUUGGCGUAUCCGUUUUUACUCUGACAGCACUCAGUGCAAAUAGAUUUUUUGCUAUUGUUAAUCCUUUGAAAAAAUUCAACGCUUCCGGUUACAGGAAAAGAGCGACGGCAUAUACGGUUGUGACAAUUGCAAUCAUUUGGUUUUUAUCAAUACUAUUGGCAACACCUGCCGCAAUGUUUUCCUUUCUUAAAGAAAUACAAAUAACCAAAGAUAGAACAAUACAAGUGUGUUAUCCGUUUCCGGAAGAACUUGGCAGUUGGUAUCCGAAAACCGUUGUAAUGACUCGGUUUAUCGCCUACUACGCACUUCCGCUUUUCGUGAUUGCUUUUUUUUACAUUCUCAUGGCGAGACAUCUCGUGCUGAGCACUCACAAUUUGCCUGGCGAAUCGGGAAGACAGGCUCGAGCACGAAAAAAAGUUGCUAAAAUGGUUUCGGCGUUUGUUUUUAUAUUCGCCGUUUGUUUUCUUCCACACCACAUCUACAUGUUGUGGUUUCACAACAAUCCGAAUUUCAACAGAGAUUACAACGCGUUUUGGCACGCUUUAAAAAUCAUCGGUUUUUCACUUUGUUACAUAAAUUCAUGCAUAAAUCCGAUUGCGUUGUUUUGCGUGAGUGGAACUUUUCGUAAAUAUUUUUACAGGCAUUUAUUUUGCUGUUGUAAAACUUCAGUGUCGAGAUCUCCAAGCUUGAGUUUGAAAACUCCAAGAAGAACGGGUACUUUUACAACAUCUGUAAGCAGAAGGAGUGAAAAUAAAACAUUGAUUUACAAUGGUCAAAAUAAAUUUAAACAUAAUGCAUCUUCUGAAGUUACCGUAACUACUUUUAUGAAUGGUACAAAAUGCACCGAUGAUAUUCGUUGCAUGAAUUAA